GCCGGCGGUGAGCGCGCUCAGCGGGAAGGCGCCAGAGGUUUGAAAGCGGCGGCGGGUGUAGCGCAGCGUAAUGGCUGGGUCCCACCUCGCGUCCUCCCCGUCGCGGCGGCCUGGCAUGGCAGAGGACUUGAAUAAUUUUAAAAAUGACUACAGAGCAAGAUUCUGCCUUGGAGGACGAAAGAAACUCGAUGUACAGCCAGGUCAGAACAUACUGAAACUCAUACAAGAUUGCUACAAAACUUUGGGCAGUGAUCUCGCAGAAGACUCUCCAAGUCCAACCCAUUGCUCAACUCCUAUUGACAGAAACAAGAAGACUUCAGUACAGAGACAAAGGCCAAAGGCAGGGGUUAUUAAUUCUCUGAAAACAGCCUGUGAUCUUCCAUCACCACUGGAAGCAAGAAACAGCAAUGAAGAAGAGUCACAUAAGACGCCCCUGCAGCCUGCAAUAUGUGAUAGCAUAGCUGUUUCUGAAAAACCUAAGUCUCCUGUGUUUGAAAGAGAAACAAAUAUAUUAGAAGACGUUGAAGCACUAAGCAAAAGUCCUGAUGUGUCUUUGGAUCCUGAGGGUAAUUGGGGGCCUUUUGGAUCACCUCGGCUUGUGGACCAACAGAUAUUACAUUUUGAUGAACAAAAUACUGCUGCUGCGAUGAAGAGCCAUGUGGAAACUGAAAGUUUGAAAGGACCUCAGACUGGGAGAGGCAAGCAGGUUGUUCUCGUGCAUGGAACAGAACAUAUUUCUACACUUGUACAGAAAGAGAAGUCUUUCUCUUCGGUGGUCUUAGCAGCUGUAGCAUCAGGAACUCAUGGAAAAAGGUAUUCAGCCUCAAUAUCGCCGCCAUCACCACCUCCUGUGAAAGAUCAAGAUCCAGAAGUACAAAAUGAAUGUGAAUUUUUAAUUGAGGACUCAGAAGAUGCAUCUUUUAAGUCUUGGUUUUCAGUACCCUGUAAGAACAAAAAGUCAAAAAAAGAUAACUCUGCACCUCCUGUUUCCAAAUCUCGGCCCUAUGAAAAGGAGAAGACAGACAGCAAGAAAUGCAAGAACAGAACAGUACAGGUUGAAACAUGUACUGAACAGAAAAUGAAUGAUUUGAAUGUCAGAGUACCUGGCUUCAAAGGAACACCAGAACGAGAUCCAGUCUCUAACAGUGAAGAAGUCCUUAAGUCUCAAGGGAAAGAGAGUGCUUCUAAGGGAAAGACUAAAAGGAAAGCAUGUAGGCAAGGCUCUCCAAACCAGAAACAGGACAUGUCCUGGAAACCAGAAGAGAAACCAGAACAGAUGUUGUCAGAGUCUGGAUUGAAAACAAAAGCAUCUGAUGCAAAACAAUGUGAAACAAAGGUGAUGUCAAGGGAGGAUUUGCUUGUGCCUUCAGCUGGGCAUCAGCAAGAGCAGACUGUGUUUCUAAAAAGGAAUCUCAUCUCUUCCAAGCAUUCUCAGUUGGCUUCAAAAGCUUCUCAGCAGGUAGUUGACAAGGUACAAGCUGCAAAGCAGAAACUUCCAAAAGAUUCGAUACCUAAGAGACAGGUGGAAAGUCCAAGAAAGAAGCUUAAAAAAUCUGGCAAGAAAAGUAGUAAUACAAAGCCUCAUUUUCAAAGAAAGAAGGGUUCUGACAGUGAACUUGGUGAAGAAGAGCUUGAAAGAGAGCCUGUAAAAUUGAAUGAAGUGCUCACUUCACCCCCACAUCAGGAAUUACAGAAUUCUGUGAUUGAGAAGUUGGAUAAGUCUGAAAGGCCUGAAAAUAUAUUGCAUGCCUUGAAGUCACUUGAUGGUACAAGCAACAAAAGUCUUGUAAAAGCACUGCAAUAUCUCAUAGACAGUGUGAGGAAGUCUGAAAAGAAACAAUUGUCAACUGAGUCUGUGGGAAAGAGACACAAAAAGAUUCAUUGCAGAACCAGUGAAGGUGUUUGCUCAAACCCUGAAGAUGCCAAGUCUCAAAUGGAUUCUGACAGCUCUUUUAUACAGGAUGUGGCAAAGAAAAAACAGAAGAAAUCAGAUGUAAAAAUUAAAAGUAACAAAAGGAAACAUAACACACAACAUGGACUACAUGAUUCCCUUACAGAUGAGGAGCCUAUGAGUUGUGAAAGUGGACCUGUUCUAGAACAUUGUCGUGAACUUUCUUCUGGAAGUGAGUCUCGUGAACAGGAUGAUACAUUUUCAGAUAGUUCUGAAGAUCAAGUAAGGCAUCUGUUGGCAGACAACAAUGCAAGGCAUAAGAUAGUAAUGCCUACCCACACACCAAAUGUUCGUCGGACUAAAAGGAUACGAGUAAGACCUCUGGAUUAUUGGCGAGGCGAGCGCGUGAACUACAAGAUGAGGCCUUCAGGAAAUCUCGUGGUUAGUGGAAUAGUGUGUCCAGAAUCAGAACCUCCCAGGGAGAAAAAACCAAGAAAGGGUUAUCACAAACAGAAAACAGAUGAAGCAAGAAGAGAGAUACCUGCAAAUUUGAAUUGCACCCUAGCUGAUACUUCUAAGCCAACCGUUGUAGUGGACCCAGUAACAAACAAGGAAGUACUUCUAACUUGUGUUAACACUGAUGACAGUAAGGCAUACUUCUUCAAAGAUGAAUCAGUGGAAAUAUAUAAAAAUUUGAAUACAUCUACUUUUGCCAUUGGGAAAUUGAUUUUGAAGCCACUUAAGGAAAAAGGACAACAGUGUGUCUACAUGGAUACAAUAGUUUUCCACGUUAUCUGGGGCAAAGUUAUUUUUACCUUACAUAAGACAUCAUAUUACCUGACUACGGGAGACUUCUUCUGUGUUCCAGAAGGAAAUAUGUAUAACAUACGUAACCUUCUGAAUCAAGACAGUAUUCUUGUCUUCACGCAACUCAAAAAAAUCGAUUGAAGAGCUUCCUGUGGAGAAGUUGGCUGAAACGUGUUUUGAGCUUUCGUAUGUUCUAAAGUUCUUUUUAUGCACAAAAAGUGCUUGAGUGUGCCCAGCUUCACAUUACAAAUUAAUAUAGAGGAGCUGAAAUCAACGUAAGAAGAGCUGAGAACAAAACCAAAAGAACUUCAGUAGCUGUCUGUCAAACUGAAAUGACAUACUGAAGGGUUUCACUCUGUGUCCGCUCUUGUUCUUGUGUCAUCCAAAGACAGAAAGAUAUAUGUAUGCAAUUUGUGGGUAAAGCCCAUCAUUGUUCCAAAUUGUAUUCAUAUGCUCUAUCUCUGAAAGGAUGUUUAGCACUUGAAAAAAUGUUGGCAUCUUCAGCCAGCAUCUGAUAGUCUUAACAUCUGCCUGGUACAGGCUGCUUAAAAUAGUCUCUAGUCAAAUGUGGGACCUUACAGUUCACAUUUCAGUAACUUGUCUGUGAGAUGAGUUGCCGAGAUGCAUGUGUGCUGGGUUCCAGCCUUCUAAGUUGUUAAUGCCAGAUGGUUCUUUGGCUAGCAGAUACCUGAUUAGUGCCUCAAAUCCAAGUUGUAUAAACGGGAGCUCUUAAGUGGGAGGUUAUCUGUUCCAUCUUUGGUAUGGAAGCAAUGGCUCUGCAUACUGUGGAUAGCUUUGUUUUGUAUCACAGUCAUAAGUCAUUGCCAAAUGUAUCACUUCAAUAUUUCCUCCUGUUUGCCUUGCUGUAUUCCUGGAUAAUAAUGAGAACCUUUUGGGAAAACUCUUAAUGAUCCUAUAUAUCGAGAAGUGAAGUCUAGACAGCAGAUGGUAUACAUAGCACUUGUCUCCAAAGCCCUUCACAGUUCCUUCUGGCUGAAGAUAAGGUAAACUACAACUAUUCUGGUAAAGUGCUUUCUCUCUGUGAUCACUGGUGUUCUAGAAGAGAAGGAGAUAAAGAAAAUUGAAUUGGAAUUGUAAACGUUAAGGACUUGAGGACUGAGGAUUGACCUUAUAUCAAGUUUGUUCGUGAUCAUUAAGGCUAGAUCUUACAUUCAUGUCUAGGUGGUGCAUAAAUCUGAGAAGAUGUAACAGGGGAGUAGGCCUAUUGCCAUAUAGCGCUUUCUCUGUCCUGGUACAAACUAUUUGCUGUCAAAGUUCAGACUGCAGAGAAAGACCUUUAUUUUUUUCCUGUUCUUUCCUAGUUUCCACUUUUGUAAGCAGCUUGAGUUUAAAAAAAAAACUCAAAACAACCAACCAAAAAGUCACUUAGGUACAGCUGUUAAUAGGUUAAUGUUGACAGCUUUUCCAAAUUUGGGGCUUGGAUUGGUCUCUUCAAAGUCAGGAAGAUUAAAAUAUUGUCUCUUCUGUGUUGGAACCAUACCAGCAACCAGAUGGGCACACAUGCUGUCUCCACUGCUUGAGAGGAUCCCACCCACUAAAACAUUUAAGUGUGUUUCCACUCCUCAGGCCUGCAGAGGUCUGGAAAUUUCCCAUUUGGAAAACAGCACAGGGCUAGCAUUAGAGCAAAGAUCCUCUGUUCCUUGCCCAAGCAUGGCUCCCAGGGGUCAGGGCAUGGAUGUGGUGCUCUCUGAGACCAACAGCUCAGUGGUUUCAUUGAAAGUCAGAACAAGGCCACUUUUCAAUUGUAUUGAAGGCCAGAGAAUUCAGAAGGAAAAUACCUUGCAAACUUUAUUCUGCAUUACCUGUCUGUGGGUUGGGUUGCAGAAGGAUACUUUAUUAAGGGCUUAGUGAACGUGUAUAGACUCUGGAGCUCAUGACCCUAAAGGAAAGUGUGAGGAAGCUCAAGGCAGCCUGCUGCUUUCCAGCAAGGUAUUCUAGUUUGGGAAGUGGCAGUGCCCUUGUUGCAUCAGAUUCCAAUGUGUCUUGGCAGCAAGGUUUCGAGUGGGUUUUCUUUUGUAUCAUGAGUAAAUGAUGAGAAAUGUGUCCUUCAGGGUAUCUUUUUCAGCAGAAGAAACAUGUACAGACCUUUUCCUGACACAUGCUGGAAAGUGUCAUAUGUUUGAGUGCAGGUUCAAGGUCAGCACGCCAUGAAUGCCUGUUUGUGUUUUCCUGGGAGUGUCAACAGAAUAGGGUAGAUUUGGUAAAAUACAUAACUUUUUAGGCUAAGAUGAUUUUGUUGGUUCCUGGCUAGUUGGUUUCUUGGGAGGAAUGUUAGUUGGACUAUAUCUCAAAAUGUUUGGGUUUCUUGUUUUUCAAAGUAGCAAAAUCAGUUGUGCCAAGCAUCUAGGAUGCAGCAACAGUUCCACUGUUUCUCACUAGAUGGUGCUGCAAGCGCAGCUGUCUGCUCUUGGCAGACAUCUACAUUGGUAUAUGGCUCCCUGGAUUUGGUUUUUGAAAGGAAGUAACGUAAGUAUAUUACAAAUUCAGUUCUCUUCUGUUGCAAGGAAAUGUAAAAGAGUUUCCAUUAACAUUUUGACUUGACACUGAACCUUGCUGAGUUCCUUCUGGCAGUGUGUGUGUUAUGCUAGUUGCAGCCACUUGCUCAGAGUUGUAUUUUGAAGUAUUAGAGCAGGGGUUGAGUUGAUCUAGGUUGUUCACAUGGAUUUGUCUGGAUUGCAUUUUAAACAUUUUUCUUCAGUGUCACACAAAAAUUUUCUUCCCUGUCAUUAGUGUGAAGGGGAAUAGGAGAACGGUCUCCUGUGGGUGCUGAGCUGUGCAGUGUGGCAAACGGGAACUGGAGGUUAGAAGAAGCAUCUGAUGUUUCAUUUCUGCCUGGUCUUGGUUUGACUCCUGCUUCCUAUGGUUUUGUGCACAUUGGGCUACUAGUAGUCAUCAGUUACCUUUGGUGGCCUAAUUUUUUCCUCAUGGGAUAUAAAUAAAGAACUCCUUCUCUGAAAUGUGAUAAGUUAAUAUUCUUCUCUCAAUGUGUGAUUCUUUUUAUCACUUUAUUUUCUGCUCUGUUGAGUGAUUCCACCGACUACUGUAAUAGUUUCAAACAGAUACAGGGAAACAUUAUUUAGGCUGGUUAAAAUGCUAAACUAACAGCUCAUACAGAGCAUGUUGUACUCUGUAUCUUAGAUGUACAUCUAUGUUUCUCUAGUGUUUUUUGUCUAUGUUUUAAAACCAGUUUUAAAUUAUUUCAUAGACCUAUAUAUUCAGCUUCAAAGGCACAACUUUUACUUACACUAGAUUACAGAACAUCACCUCUGAUAGAAGAGGUUUGAGACAGGUUUUUGCUAAUUGACAGUAUCUGACAACAAUAUGAAAUCAGAGUUUUGAAGGCUUUGGCUCCCUUUGAAAAGAUUUAACUUACUGGUUAGUAGGUUCUGUUGAAAAUACAUAUUUUUUGUGGUUUCAUUUGGUUAGGAAGCUGUUUGUGUUUUACUAAACAACACGUUUUUGCUGCUGAAAGAAUUGGUUGCAAAACUGUCAGAUAUGUGUGCACAUUGAUAUUUGCACAACUUUGUGAACAUAAAAUAGGAGACUAUAAACUGAGUAAUUACAGAAAAA